CGCACGCCUCGAUUAUUCUACGAGCCAACGAUUUUUUGUUAGCGGUUUUUAUUAUCUGUUUGUAACACACGUUCGAAGUUCGCUGACAAACGUUUAGAAUAUGGAUCCGAACAUGGCCAUAAUGCACCCCACGGGACCGGUGAUGCACCCCGUCAGUCUGAUGCACCCGAGACGCGGUAAAAAUCCCAAACACACGAUGACGAGCACCAUAACCCUCGCGGAAGAGGCGAAGCUCGUUUACUCGCAGGAAAUGUCCGGGAUAAACAGCAAGACACCGGUGUCCGUUCUCCAAGAGUUGCUGAGUCGCAGGGGAUCCACCCCGAAGUACGAGCUGGUGCAAAUCGAAGGGGCGAUCCACGAGCCGGUUUUUAGGUACAGGGUGUUUUUGAGUAACGACCUUGUGGCCACCGGUACCGGUAGGUCCAAGAAGGACGCAAAGCACGCCGCUGCCAAAAACCUCCUGGACCUGAUUGUCGGGAAGCAGACGCCCGAGCAGGCCAAUCAAACGAACGGGACUCCAGGGUCCAACGAUAUUACCGCCCAGGUGGUGUCGCCGUUCGACGACAAGGUGAUGGGCAACCCGAUCGGGUGGCUGCAGGAGAUGUGCAUGUCGCGCCGCUGGCCGCCCCCGCUCUACGAGAUGGAACACGAGGAGGGUCUCCCGCACGAGCGUCAGUUCACCAUCGCGUGUCAGGUGUUGAAGUUUCGCGAGGUCGGCACCGGCAAGUCGAAGAAACUGGCCAAACGGGUCGCCGCCCACAGGAUGUGGCAGGCGUUGCAGGACCUGCCGAUAGAGGGCACCAACCCGCAGGCGUUCGAAAGCGACGAAGAGCUUGGCGGGAACGCAGUGGACGUGUCCGCCCGCUACAUCGGCCUGAAAGACAGCAAAAUUACCAAGCUGAGCAGUCAGCAGUCGCAAAAAGUGUCCCAGUUCCACAAGGGCCUGAAACAGUCGGCCGGGAAAAAAUUAAACGAACUCCAGUACCUGGACCUCAAAGAGUUCAGCUUCGUGCAGUUCCUGCAGGAGAUCGCGUCCGAGCAAAACUUCGAGGUGACGUUCGUCGACGUGGAGGAGAAAUCCCUCGGCGGGCAAUGCCAGUGCCUGGUCCAACUGUCCACGUUGCCGGUGGCGGUGUGCUUCGGCACGGGCAAAACGCCCAAGGACGCGCGCUCGAACGCCGCCCUCAACGCCCUCGAGUACCUCAAGAUCAUGACCAAGAAUUUAAUGAAACGUUCAGAUUUCGCACCGGAAACGGCCCGGACGCGACGUCCGAGGGAAAACAUGUAUGUAAAGGAGGAGAAUGACGAGUGGUUUUUUACAAGCUAUACUUUGCAUAGAAUUAGUGUUUUUUUUGUGGAUAAUAAUGAAUAAUAAUAAUUUAAUUUCGACUUUUAGAAUGUAUUGUGUGACUAUAAUAUAUAUAUAUACGAGCUAGAGUAAUUUUGCGUAGGAGGAGGAGGGCGUUCGGUUCUUCUUUCGUAGAUUUAAAAAAAAAAUGUCCCUAGACGUUUUAGCUGCUUGUAUUUAAAAAAAAAAAAAAUACGUGUACAUAUAUGCCCCCAGAAGCAUACGUCUUGUUCGUGUAAAGGGAGCAUUUAUUUGAUGCAAAGUAUAGAGGUUGUAUCCCGUUAUUGACAGUGUAAUUUUUUUUUUCACGAUCACGUUUAUAAAAUAAUAAUAAUUAACAUAUAUGUCAAUGGGUCCGCUUUAGUCGGAUCGAAAAUUUCCUAGACUCUUAGAUUUAUCUGUUCAACUUGUAUUGAUGUGUAUGCUAAUUACAGUACGUUUGAAUGGCGCUUUUUGGUUUUUCGCUCUUUCCCCCCACCCCCUCGCCACAAAUUGCGGCGUGGUAAACUACGGCCAUUAUGGCCAGAGAUAUCGAGAGAGUGAUAUAAAGCAAACAGCUAGUUAAAAAGUAUGAAAAAUAUAAGGCAUUUUAAGAAACAAACACAAUACAAUAUCAGUUAUUGUACGACCAAAAAUAUAGUGCUUUGACGUUUUGACAUUCCGACAGAUAUUUGUACAGCGUUAAGUAGGUCUUGCCUGACGAAUAUUUUUGGAA